AUGACGCACAGCAUACCAGACAAUCGUGAUCUUUCCUGCUAUCAUGUAACUAAACAUUCAUGGCGUGGGAAAUAUAAACGUAUAUUUUCCAUUGGUACACAUGGCAUAACUACGUAUGAACCAUCGACACUUGGUCUUACUAAUUCUUGGCCAUGGGAUCAAGUCGUCUCGUUAACAUUAUCAAAAUCUUCGAAUCCACCUGAUAAAUCUCAACAAUCAAUACCGAAUUCUUCACCAGUAGCCGAGUUUAUUUUAACAUUUCGAACAAAAUCAAAAAAAAAUGAUUCAAUGCGUUUUUCGAGUGAAUAUCGCUCUGAAAUCAUAACAGAUGCAUUGCGUUUUCAUGCAUCAUUCUAUCAUCAACAGCCGUUAGGUCAACCGAAACUAAGACAAGCAUCGAAAAUUCAUUGGUCAUCUCAACGUGUAUCAAUUCUUUUACGUAUUCAACCCUAUUGUAUUGAUCAAAUCGAUGCAGCAACAAAUCGUUAUUUAUGUUCAUAUGAUUAUAAAGAUAUCGAACAGUUAAUACCAUUGGUUAGUGAAGGUGAUGCAACAGUACGUGGAUUUCUUAUACAAGAUAAACAAUAUUCACGUUUACAUGCGUUUGUUACACCAGAAGCUUCCACAUUAUUUCAAUCAAUCAUCGAUUUAGCUCAAACAAGUAUUGGCGUACAAAUUCGGUUAUCGAAAAAACCCUAUACACUUAAUGAUUAUAGUCAAUUACGUUUCGGUCCAAAUUAUUCAUCCGAUGAACAUUUAACAUCGUUCGCUGAGUUUCUUGUUUACAAACAUUCAUCGAGACAUGUUGAUCAUGUUCGACGAAUACUUUGCAUAACUGAAACAUGUUUAAUCGAACGAGAUCCUGCUACAUAUCAUAUAUGCACAUUGAAACCAUUAAAUGAGAUAUUUGGUCUCGUAAGACAUAAAGAUUCAUUACAAGAAUUUACUAUUGAAUAUAUAAAAAAUGACCCAUCAAAAGCAAAAUGCAGAUACACAUCAACUGAAAGAGAUAUUUUAUUAGCAACAUUGCUGGAUAGUGUACGUUCAUCAGGAAACAAUGAUUGUUGUGUCAAAACAAAUCGAACGGACAGAGGUAAACGUAUUGCACCAUUUGGACAUUUAGUUGAUGAUGAAGUUGAGAUACAGCAUUUGAGAUUUCUUAUACAACCACCGUCGGGUAAAUUGUCUACUCCACAAGAUACAAAUAAUCCAUCAACAGCACAAGCUGGUAUUUCAUUUAGUGAAAUUCUUAAACGAUUCAAUGCAAAUGUACCCUAUAGUGGUCUUAUCAAUGCGGUUACUUCAGAAGGUCUCUUUGCUGAAAAUAAAGAAAAAUUAAUUCAUUCAGCAUUAAACACUCUACUUGAUAGUGAUAUAACGAACAAUGUUGCUGAUCUUGACUUACUCGAAGAUCAAUUUCUAGCUUUUCGUCGCUUACUAGCAUCGAAAGCUGGCUUUCAAGCAUUUACUCAACUGCCUAAAUUUCGUGAACGUAUUGGAACUAAAAUAGUUCGUUCACUAAAAUUGAACGAUGACCAAAUAACAUAUUCAGCGUUAGAAGUGUUAAACACAUUAUUACAGCCAAUGCAUUUAGAUUAUGACUUACGACAAGAGCAACAGAAUAAAUCAAGUAUAUUAUCAUCAAAAAAAUUUCUCGAAGGUUUAUUAGAUAUAUUUUUAAAACAUGUUAAACAAAAUACGGGUUCAUUGAUAAUUUCAUCAUUUUUGGAUUUCUUAACGUAUACUCUUUGUCCACCAUUUUCAGAAACCACAGAUGGGCAACAUUUUGAUGUUCUUCUGGAAUUAGUAUCAUCAAACGGGCGAAUCUUUUUUAAAUUAUUUCAACAUUCAUCAUUUACAAUUGUUAAAGGUGCUGGAUCAAUAAUGAAAGCAAUCAUUGAAGAAGGUUCACCAGAUAUUGCUGCACACAUGCAAGAUUUAGCAUUAAGUGAAGGGGCAUUACCAAUUCAUCUGUUACGCGCGUUAUUCACAUCGUCAGGUGAUACUCGACUAUUACCAUUAAAAUAUCUCAGUCAACAACUACUGGGUUUAUGGUCAACUGGGCAUCCAACAACAUACGGAUUAUUGAAGAGAAUAUUCCCGCUUGGACUUAUUGCUUAUUUAGAUUCCAAUGAAGAACCAGAUAAAGAUUUUGACGAAUCUUCUCUUCUUGGCCGUGAUAAUCUUCGUUUAGCGACAGAACAGCAUGCUCUUACAAAUAAAUCGAAUGCUCUUUCAACGUCAAUAAUUAAUACAGCCAACAAAAUACGUAAUGCUACACAAGUGAAAAUUCUUGAAAAUCACGUUCAAAAUGCUUUUCAACAUUGGAGUUUAAAAUUAAAACAAAAUAAUAAAUUUUUCGCUUCUUCAGAUAGUUCAAAUGGCUCAGGAAUAAAUGUAAAUAAUUAUUCCAAUGAUAAACAACAGCCUGUUGUUUUACGUAAACCACGGCAGCGUAUUCGGGCUGAAAAAAAUUGGCGUUUAUUUUAUCAAAGAUUUGCUAUGGAUCAUGCACGACCAACAUUAAUAUGGAAUAAUAAAACACGCGAUGAAUUACGUGAAACAAUCGAAAAUGAGAUAAGAAAUUUUAAUAUCGAUAAAGAUCUUGGUCAUGGGCAUUUAAUAUCAUGGAAUCAUAAUGAAUUUGAAGUUUUAUAUCAGUGUUUAAAUGAUGAAAUUAGAAUCGGAAGUGUUUAUCUACGUUUACUACUUGAACAAGGAGAUUUAACAGCUAAUAUUGAUGCAGCCUCAGAUGCUUAUAAUCCAGCAGAAUUUUUUAAUGAUCUCUACCAUCGUUUUCUACUCUCUCAACCAAUUAAUCCGAAACAGUCAUCGAUGAAAUCAAUGUGUUUGCAAGCAAUGACAAUUGUUUAUGCACGUCAUUAUGAAACUAUUGGCCCAUUUAAUGAUACAAGACAUAUUAUUCUUAUGCUUGAUCGUACAACAGACAAAUGUGAACGAGAUCGUUUAAUUAUGUUUAUUAGCAAACUGAUAUUGAAUCAUCGAAAUGUUCGAGACAUAAUUGAUUGUGGCGGAAUUAAAACUUUUAUUCAACUCAUGUGUUUAGCACAUUUACAUAUAAAUCGAGCACAAGUACCGUUAGCAUCCAAUGUAAUAGAAUCAUCAACAACAAUGUCACGAGAAAAUGAAAAAGAAUGGUACUAUGGAAAACAAGAUAAAGAAAAAGUUGGACCAUAUAGUUUUAGUGAAAUUAAAGAUUUAUAUAAAGAAGGAGCUUUUGAUGUUAAAACACGAUUUUGGGCACAAGGUCUUGACGGUUGGAAAAAUAUGGACCGGAUUCCUCAACUAAAAUGGACAUUACUUGCUGGUGGUCAGUCUAUAUUUAAUGAUAGUGAAUUAGCAGGAGCCAUUCUUGAUAUUUUAAUAAGCAUGUGUGCACUUUAUCCAUCUCGUGAUCAAGUAACAGGAGCCAUCAUUCGACCAUUUCCAAAAAUCAAACGUCUAUUAAAUGAUCCAACAUGCUUGCCACAUCUUGUACAAUUACUAUUAACAUUUGACCCUAGUCUUGUAGAAAAAAUUGUUACAUUACUCAAUACACUUACUCAAGACAAUCCAUUAUUACCACAAUUUUAUAUGACUGGAGUGUUUUAUUUUAUUUUAAUGUAUACAGGAUCGAAUAUUCUACCCAUUGGACACUUUUUAAAAUAUACACAUUUAGCGCAAGCAUUUCGUUCUGAUGAACAACAACAAUCAUCGGGCGAAAAAAAGGAUAUCUAUUUUCGUUCUAUACUUGGUCAUCUUUUACCAGAAGCUAUGAUUUGUUACUUGGAAAAUCAUGGACCAGAAAAAUUUGCACAAAUGUUUCUUGGUGAAUUUGAUCAACCGGAAACAAUCUGGUCAAAUGAAAUGCGCCGUUUAAUGAUCGAAAAAAUUGCUGUUCAUUUAGCUGACUAUUCUCCACGUUUAAUGUCAAAUAUUUCAGCUAUCUAUUCGUACUGUACAAUACCAAUAAUUAGUUAUCCACAAUUGGACAACGAAUUAUUUUGUAACACAUAUUAUUUACGUCAUCUAUGUGACGAACUUAAGUUUCCUGAAUGGCCUAUUCGUGAACCGAUUGCGUUACUUAAAGAUUGCUUAAAUAUGUGGAAAGCUGAAUUAGAGAAAAAAGGAAGUGACAUGAGCGUUGAUGAAGCUUAUGAAGUAUUGGGUCUUGAUGCAAAAAAAGGUUCGGAUUCAUCAGAUGCUCCAGCUACUAAUGGUCCACCUAAUGAAUCAGCUAUUCGUAAAGCAUACUUUCGUCUUGCUAAUAAAUAUCAUCCAGACAAAAAUCCAACUGGUCGUGACAUGUUCGAACGUGUCAAUAAAGCAUAUGAAUUUCUUUGUGCUGCAUCUAAAAUUCAGCAAGGUCCAGAUGAAUUUAAUAUUUAUUUAUUACUUAAAGCUCAAUCAAUCCUUUAUCGUCGAUACAAAACUUUACUUUCCGAAUAUAAAUAUGCUGGUUAUCCAAUGUUAAUACGUAUACUCGAAACAGAAGCUAAAAACGAUCAAUUAUUCUCUACAGGCAACACAACCAAACCUACGGCUCUAUUACCAAUCGCUAUUGAACUACUUUAUUAUACACUGGAUUGUUCAGAAUUAAAUUGCGAAGAAUUAAGACGAGAAAAUGGUUUAGAAAUUCUAACACAAGUAUUUCAACGUUGUUCAUCUGUCAUUACAAAAUCAUCCAAACCCGAAGAUUUUGUUGUUUCUGUUUGUCAAUAUUCGGCAUUAUGCUACAGCGUUGCUGGACAUUUUGAAAAAUCACGUGAUCUAUUUGUUGAUCCCGAAAAACUUCAAUGCGUAUUAAGAGAACUUUGCCAUUGUUUAAAUUAUACGCAUUUAAAACAACUAUGUUCAUGCUUAUGCAAAGCUGCUAUUUCAUUAUGCGAGGGCGAUAUUCGUUUAAGAGAUUUAUUACAUCGUCAUGGUUUAUUUGUUUAUGCAUGCCGAGGUUUAUUUAACUAUGAUUAUACUUUAGAUGAAAGUGGUAUUGCUGAUCCAAGUAAUAAACAAUAUGUUGACAAUCAAUUAGCUUUUGAUUAUUUACAAACUCUUGCAUCGCUUAUACCAAACAAUCCACAAGCUGUAAUGGCUGCUCAAACAUUCUUAACGCCUUACAUUGCAACUCAAUUAUGUGAUCGUAUGGUACUUAAAUUACUUAAUUCAAAUCAAGAACAACCAUAUUUAGUAUGGGAUAAUUCUUGUCGACAAGAAUUAAUAGAUCAACUCGAUGCAACACGUGAUUAUUUAGUUAAAAAUGAAUACAAAUUAAAUGUGGAAAAAUUUGGCAAUCCAUCAGAAUUCGUUUAUACAGCACAUAGAAGUGAAUUAAUUAUUGGAGAAAUAUUUGUACGCAUUUAUAAUUUACAACCAACAACAGCUUUAAAAGAUCCAAAAAGAUUUUGUUCGGAUUUAAUUGAUUUCUUAGGAACAAGUUCUCAAUAUAUUAAUACGCUUAUGGCCAUGCAAAUACAACAUGAACAAGAACAAAAGUCAGCUGAUGAUAAAAAAUCAAAUGAUGUUCUUCAUCUUGAAAAACAACAGCACAUAUCUCAAGCGCUUGAAGCAUUAAAAAAUGUUAUCCGUAACAAUAUGGGUAUUGAAACCUUAUGUAUCGGUCAUUUUAAAUUAUUAUUUUCUCUAUUACGCAUGGAAAAUGUUGGCCGUUUGCAACAAUAUGCAUUAGAAUUAAUUCUUCAUUUAAGUGGUUCCAAUGAAUGCGUUAAUGAUGUAUCGCAAGCAAAUGUUAUUGUUUAUCUACUACUUGUUUUACGUUCAUCACUAUCAAAUCAAGAAACCACAUUAGAAAUUUUAAAUGCUUUAUCAUCGAACGUUAAAAUUGUUCGUGAUAUUGUUGAUAGUGGCGGCCUUCUUUAUCUAUUAGAUGUAUUUUCUAAUGGGCAGAAUUCAAAGUUACGUGAAUAUGCAGCAAGUGUUUUUUCAAAACUGAUGAACGAUCGUUUACAUGGUCCACGUAUACGUUUACAAUUGAUAAAAUAUUUGCCCAAUUUAGUUGUCGAUGCCAUGCGUGAAUCAUGUGAAACAUCAAUACAAUUAUUUGAAACAACACAUGAAAAUCCUGAAUUAAUAUGGAACGAUCAUACACGGGAAAUGACAUGUGAACGUAUAGGAAAACAAAUCAGUGAGUUUUAUCAACGGCAACGUGCUGCACCGACAGAAACAAAAUGGUCACUUGAUGAUGCAUUUCAAUUACUAGGCGAUGAUGAAGAAACACAACGAAUCAAACAAAAUGAAUUAAUAGUUGGGGGAGUUUAUGUUCGACUGUUGAUUGCUAAUCCUGGCUGGGUUGUACGACGACCAAAAGAAUUUCUUACGGAAUUACUUAGUCGAUGGACAACGCACACAAAACAACCGGAACAACUUUUAAUGUCACACACAGAUGAAUUUGAAAUGUUAACACAAUGUUUAAUACAAUUAUUACAUGCACAACCAACGCUGUGCGAAAAUUUACCAUCCAUUGGAUUUUUACCAUCGAUCGUUCAAGCAUUAGAAGUUAACAGUAACGGUGCUAUUGUUGCAUCAGCCAUUAAAGUUAUUUUCGCACUGUGUAAAACGGAUAUUUGUUUACAAACAUUUUCAACAAAAUGUCCACAAAUUAUUAGCGGAUUUAAACAAGCUAUGCAAACAAGACGAGAUCAUCUUGGACUUAUGGCUGAAUGCUUGCAUGAUUUAUUCCGUACUCCAGCACCUGGUACACCCGAUGAAUUCAUCAAGGAAGCAUUACGCUGCCAAUUGAUUGACCAUAUUCUUACAUUACUUAAUCAAUCGUUAAAUGAUGUUGAAAAGCCAGGUUCAUGUAAAGCACAUCUUGUUGAUUCAUGCAAAUUAAUGGCUGAAUCAUUAGUCUAUGGUGAACAAGUCUCGCGUAUCCUACAAUCAUCAACUGUAUGGAAUGAUUAUAAAGACCAACGACACGAUUUAUUUAUUCAAACAUCAUCACAUAUGCAAGCAUUAACAGGAGGUUCAGUUGGCCCACAAAUUGCUGGUUAUUUAACAUCAUCUGCAUCAUCGACAACAGCCGGAAAACAAAACAUGACUGUCCCACCACCUUUAGUUGAUAAUUAA